UCAUAUAAACUCUAGGAGGACGCUAGAAUCUUAGCCGAUUCUAUGACAUCUUCUAAAUCACUUCCAGAAGACUUAUGACACCCAUUUUGUUCGAUUUAGGCCAAUUUUGGGUAUAGUGCGUGCCGCUGUCACUUGCUAGCUUCCGCUUUACUUCUCUGUCAUCAUGUUUCAUUAUCCUCAAGUCAUUUCUAGAAACUCCUUGAUACUUUUCGUUUCAAAAAUUGGACAUUGAUAUUCUCCCUAUUCGAUGUUGAUGCGAAUUUUCCGAAUUUUGUGAUUAUUUAUUCGCCGACCAUGGCGGCUCAGUCCAUAUCACCUUCAGAUGCAGAAGCACACAUCGCCAAGAUUAGGCAUGAUAAAGGACUGUCUGAAAACAAUCCUCCCGGCCAUAAUGUCGCUGAUUUGGAGAACGCUUUAACAACACUGUCGGAGCAGCUGUAUCAAAGUUCGACACAUUUCUUGCUCGAGCUAAUUCAAAAUGCGGACGAUAACUCAUACGAUUCCAAAGUACUGCCCAGCGUACAAUUUACAUACGAAAAUGGGGGUCUUCGAGUGGACUGCAACGAGGUUGGAUUCUCACCCCGAAACGUGGAGGCGCUCUGCAGAGUUGGUCAAAGUACCAAGAAGGGUGGAGACAACGCAACACGCUAUGUAGGAGAAAAGGGCAUCGGCUUCAAAUCUGUCUUCAAAGCUGCGGAUAUUGUGUGGAUCUCUUCAGGACAUUACUCCUUCAAAUUCGACAAGAGCAAACCGUUGGGGAUGAUUGCACCCAUCUGGUGCGAUUUCCCAGCGCCAAUCAAACCUGGAUGGACGUCUCUAUACCUGCAGCUUUCGAAAAGCUAUAAUCGACGAGGUCUUCUGGACGAACUUCGAUCGCUAGACUCGAGACUUCUCAUCUUCCUACGACGGAUCCGAAGUAUAACAAUAUCCAUCUCAGAAUCCCUUCGCCUACCCUGGAAAAGCAGCUUCUUUCGUGCUGAAAUUGGGAAGGAUCUCAUUCGACUUACGGAGAAUAACAGAACAUGUGAUUACAUCAUCAGACGACACCAGGCACCAACUAGGUUCUUCACAGCGUACGACAAAGAAAUCUCAUUCAAAUCGCUACGCCAGAUCGCAAAGGAUGAAAGCACUACUGAGUCUACCGCGCGACGCUGGCUUAAGCAACGUGAAAAUAUGGGUAUCUUAGCUUAUCGACAUACACGCGGGAGAUCAGGCAAGCUUGGAAAGCCCUCAAAAGUCACAAAAGCUAUGUGUAAGAAGCUAGUCGAUCCGGCUAGAAAUCCUGUCCGAAAUCAGCCGUACGAAGCGCAAAUUGCCUAUCACAAAAUUCCUUGUAAGAAGCGCCACUUACAACACAAGCUUAAAGAGUAUACCAAUGGUGGUCAGUUUUAUAAGUGUGCAUUUGUCAAAAAGGAAAUCUCGGCCAGGAAUAAGGACGAACGGGUAGCUUAUGCACAUAAGCAUAAGGACAAGACAAUGGAAGACUUUUGGUCUUAUAUAUUCUUUACCGAUGAAGCACAUAUUGACCCUUCGGCACAAUAAGCUCCUGGGAUACUUAGAGAGCUUGGGACACGGUACGAUGAUGAGAAUAUUGUGGAGAGAGGAGAGAGGAAGGGAGUCAAGUUU